AGGUGACAGCUUCCGGCAAGUGGCGCCUCCCUCCCCCAUCUACCCCUCCUUCCUGCUGUCACUUCCAGUAGCUUGGAGACCAGUUUUUUCAAAAAUGGAACCCUGUUCCUGUGACACUUUUGUGGCAUUACCUCCAUCAACGAUUGGUAACAGGAUUAUUUUUGGAAAAAAUUCAGAUAGACUCUGCAAUGAAGUACAAGAAGUAGUUUAUUUUCCUGCUGGAGUUCAUAACUUGGGAAAACAGCUUAAGUGUACUUAUAUAGAAAUUGAGCAAGCUCCGGAAACGUAUGCUGUCGUCCUUAGUCGCCCAGCAUGGUUGUGGGGGGCAGAAAUGGGAGCCAAUGAGCAUGGCGUUUGCAUUGGGAAUGAAGCUGUGUGGGGAAGAGAGGAAGUCUGUAGUGAGGAAGCACUACUGGGCAUGGACCUUGUCAGACUUGGUCUUGAAAGAGCUGAUACAGCUGAAAAAGCUCUCAAUGUCAUUAUUGAUUUAUUAGAAAAAUAUGGCCAGGGUGGAAAUUGUACAGAGGAUAACAUGGAAUUUAGCUAUCACAACAGUUUCCUGUUAGCUGAUAGAAAUGAAGCCUGGAUUCUGGAGACUGCAGGAAAGUAUUGGGCAGCAGAAAAAGUACAAGAGGGCGUUCGUAAUAUUUCUAAUCAGCUCUCUAUAACAACCAAGAUUGAUCGGGAGCACCCAGACCUGAGGAGCUAUGCUAAACAGCGCGGUUGGUGGGAUGGGAAAAAGGAGUUUGACUUUGCGGGAACAUACUCUUGCCUUGAUACCGCCACAAUGCUGACUUCACCAGGCAGAUACUGUGAAGGCUACAAGCUUCUAAAUAAACACAAAGGAAGCAUAACUUUUGAAACUAUGAUGGAAAUUCUCCGAGAUAAACCAAGUGGCAUCAAUAUGGAGGGAGGAUUCCUGACCACGGCGAGCAUGGUUUCUAUUUUACCUCGAGACUCCAGCUCCCCUUGCAUUCACUUCUUCACAGGCACUCCUGAUCCUGAGAGAUCUGUCUUUAAGCCUUUUAUAUUUGUGCCACAUAUUUCACAAUUAUUGGAUACCUGUUCACCAACAUUUGAACUUGAACACCCAGUUAAGAAGAAGGCACACUGUAAGCCUGACAGAAGACAUCCACUCUACCUGGAGCACCAACAGGCACUUGAAGCAAUUGAUAAUAAUAAGGAAAAAGCCAAAACAAUGUUGGACCAUAUGCAGAAGAUGGAGAAAGAGCUAUUCAAAAAGAUGGAAUCCAUCCUCCAAAAUGAGCAUCUUGAUGUGGAUAAAAUUGUUAAUCUCUUUUCUCAGUGUGCAAAAGAUGAAAUUAGAAUUUAUAAGUCAAAUGUUAGUUCUUAGUGAUUAUAUAAAUGGUUAGAAGCCUUCCUCAAGGCUAGCAUUUAUUGCCUUGGUAAAUGAUAUAUACCUCCUUUGAACAGAUCUGAUUAUUCUUUAAUAGCAUACAAGUGAUAGUUUGACUGAUGAAAUGUAUAAUCUUGCUGAAAUACUGAGAAAGAAAACAUGAAAUCAAACACUCGUGAUGGGACAGCGAGGUAUAACUUUAGGUAAUGUUAUUUCUUUUAGCUACAAUGAAUAUUUUGUUGUCACAAUGAUUAAGUAUUCAAUUCUGUAUAAAGCAUGAAAUGUUAACAUGAUGUAUAGAUUUAUGUUUAGUAUAUUCAGAACUCAGAUUUUUAGUAUUGAAAAAUAUCUCAUGAUGGGGAUUAUUUUUUUUGCUUUAGGCAAACAUUAACCAGGUUUAAGAAGAAAAAUUUCCAUAUUUACACGCUUUGUCAUCAUGGUGUAUUAAUUCUGCAAAUGCCCUUUUAUGAAACCCAACAUACUUUGUCACUAUUUGGCUGACCAGUAAACUUAUAGUUCCAGUCAACCCACCUCCUUCCCUUCCUCUCCUUCUCUUUGUUUUUUUUUUUUUUUUUUUUUUUUUUUUUUUUUUUUG